CCGAAGCGAGUUCGAAUCGUUCGAAUCGAACUAUGGGCCCGACAACGGUUUGGAUCUCCCGAAGGCCGAUCUGAUCCGACCAGAACUUUCGAGGUUCUUCUUAGGCUUUUCCAUCACCAUGUUUGUGCCGAGACCAAUGAUGGUGCUACUGGCAGGUAUCAUACUGUUGUUCCUGUGGCAGGCCUCGGUGGGUGCGGAGGUCUUCACCGCCGUGUGUGAUAUGGAGUACCUGGUACACAUGGAGAAGGACCUGGUGGACUCCCUAGACCAGUACAUACUGCAUGAAGAGGACAAGUUAAACAGAAUCAAAACCUUUCAGUCGAGGGUGAAAAAAGUGUACCAGAUGGCUAUGGAGGAACCCAGCACACACCUGCACCACCCAGUCAAUGCCUACCUUCUGGUGAAGAGGUACACUCGAGAGUGGCCACUCCUGGAGGCCUGGAUACAGGAGGAUACUGCAGAACAUUUCCUGAACAGCAUGUCAAAAAUGAAGGAGUCGUUCCCGUCAUUCAAGGACUACAUGGGUGCAGGGAUAGCCCUGUUGCGCCUGCAGGACACGUACGACCUUUCCACACAGAACAUAAGCAAUGGCAAUAUGAGCAGUGAAAUAGCUAUUGCUACUCGACUAGACACAGGUUUUACGAAGAGUCCAGAGUUGUCAUCAGAGGACUGUUUUGAGGUGGGACGGCUGGCAUAUAUGGACCAGGACUUCUAUCAUGUAGCACUGUGGAUGGAAGAGUCGCUGGCGAGAUUCCAGCCCGACCCGACGUCCAAACAUACCAAAGAUGCCAUACUGGAUUAUCUGGCUUCUGCCAGUUACCGACUAAACAACAUUGAGCGUGCGUACCAGGCUACCAAGGAGCUUCUCAAGAUAAAUCCUGAGGACACCCAUGCGGCCAACCACAUGAAGUUCUUGACGAAAGAGAUGGAGAAGUCACAAAGGUCACCCCGGAAGGAUGAAGUGGAAGACAUUGGAUUUACAGGGCGGGGAGAAUACAAACGUGAGUUAGCCAAAGACUACGACCCAGAGAGUAGGGUCUACGAGCUUCUCUGUCAGGCAGAUCAACCAGAGAUCUUCAACAUUACCCCUUCGAGGGUGAAACACUUGAAGUGCCGCUACUUCACCAACAACAACAACCCACGUCUGCUGCUCGCACCCAUAAGACUGGAGCAGGUCUUCGACAAGCCCAAGCUGUGGGUCCUUCACAACAUUCUGUCUGAUCCAGAAAUGGAGGUCAUCAAAAAGCUGGCUCAGCCACGGUUACGACGAGCUAGAGUCGAAAGUCCCACUACAGGGGAGGGGGAACUCGCAUCCUAUCGUAUUAGUAAGAGUGCAUGGCUCUAUGACUGGGAACACAGGGUGAUCCGCCGGGUUAACCAGAGGGUGGAAGACGUGACAGGUCUUACCAUGGAGACAGCAGAACUGUUACAGGUUGUCAACUAUGGCAUAGGCGGACACUACGAACCACAUUUUGAUUGUGCAACAAAGGAUGAGGAGUUUGAAUUGGACCCCAACGAAGGCGACAGAAUUGCUACAAUGCUGUUUUAUAUGAGUGACGUGGAGGCUGGAGGGGCGACUGUUUUCCCACAAGUCGGUGCCAGAGUAGUCCCAGAAAAGGGAGCUGGCGCAUUCUGGUACAACUUGUUGAAGAGUGGGGAGGGCGACAUGCUGACCGAACAUGCUGGUUGUCCCGUGCUGGUAGGAAGUAAAUGGGUGUCCAAUAAGUGGAUCCACGAACGAGGUCAAGAAUUCCGCAGGAAAUGUGGACUGUAUCCAGAGGACUAGCGACAGCACACCCCCUUAUCUCAAGCCCUACACAAACUAAUGUAGUGCCCUGUAUAAAGUACAGGUUUCGGAACCCAAACUGCUGCAUGCAAGUUAUAGAUUCUACCUGUUGUAUUUUAUCUGCGUAUUUGAGAAGUCUUUAAGAUGAAGUGUUUGGAAGUAGAGUUUGUGCAUCUGUCAUUCAAACAAAAUGUCUUGAUAAUAAACUGCGAACAUUGUGCUUUAUAUUACAUGUUGUUGCAUUGUAUUCAAAACUCAAUGCGGUGAAAAUUGUUUUACAUUCGGUUUCUUAAGAUUGUGAAUUCUGACAUUCUUUAAAGAGGCAACAAGUUACAGUAGAAGGGAAUUCAAGUACGAGAAAUUUGUCAAAAUGUGUACCUGUACAUCGGUCAGCCACACGUAGGAGCUGAGAAUAAAAUUGUAGACUUAAAUAUGCACUGCUGAAUGAUAUG